AUAUGCAGCACCUCAGCCUGUCCCAGUCUCAGGAAAUGGAACUUCUCCAAUUAUGAAGGAAUUUAAAUCCCCUGUGUUCUCAGAUAAUAACAAUAGAAAAAGAUAUUUUUCCCAAAAAAUGUUGGAAAUGCUGAACAUUCUGCGUUAGGGGAAUGUUUGGUUAGACUGUGGGGUGGGAGUGGGAAUGCUCUGCAGGGCCCACCUGCCUGGCUCCUGCUCCACCAUUCCCAGUCCUCACCUCCCUCUGUUAUUUCCUGGUCCUUUAUCUCCCUGCUAUUAAUUUCCGUUUUCUUCGUCUCCCUUAUCCAUCAUCUCCUGGUUCAUUGCCUCCCCGCUCAUCAUCUCCUGUCCUACAUCUCCCUGUCCUCCACGUCCCUGCAUCUCAUCUCCUGCUCUGUCCUCUCCCUGCUCAUCAUCUCCCGUCCUUUGUCUCCCAGUCCAUCAUCUGCUCAUCGCCUUCUGUCCCCUCCUGCUCCAUCCCCUUCCAGCCCUUCACCUCCUGCCCAUCCCUUACUGGGGGGGGCAGCUCCGAGAUCCCAUCUGAGCCCCCCGGGUGCCCCCCAGCCCCCCCGAGCCCUCCGGUGCCUUUCCCCCCGGCGCCCGGGGGCGGUGGUGGCGGGGCGGGACCAGGGGCGGCCCCGGGCAGGUUCCCCUGGAGCGGCGGCGGGAGCGGCGGAGCGGAGAUGCCGUACCUGCUCAUCAGCACCCAAAUCCGCCUGGAGGCUGGGCCCACCAUGGUGGGUGACGAGCACUCGGAUCCCCACCUGAUGAGCAUCCUGGGGGCCACAAAGAGGAGCACGCUGGGCAACAACUUCUGUGAGUACUACGUGAAUGACGCUCCGCGCGUGGUGCUGGACAAGCUGGAGAGCCUCGGCUACCGCGUGGUCAGCAUGACCGGCGUGGGCCAGACCCUGGUCUGGUGCCUCCACAGGGAAUAGCCAGGGAGAACCGUGCCUUCCACCCGGACCACAUCCUGCUGGAGAUCAUCUUAAAGGACUGGCAGCAAACUUUCCCCCCCUAAUUCCUUCCUGUCCCAGACUCCAGGCGCUCAGGCAGGGGAGGAAGGGUGCAGAGGCAGAGCUGGACCCAGUGGAAUUUUGCCAUCCCUGUUCCGUUUCCCAAGAGCAGGGGGAGGAAGGUAUGCCCAGAUGCUGGCAGAGGGAACAGAUGGCUCCAGCUCUGCCUUCAGUGAGAUGGCAGUCUGGCAAAUUCCAGCUUUAUACAUUUUAAUCAUGUAUUCAGCAUGCCCUGGAGGAAGCUCAGUAACAGCCCUGUUUGCUUCCUCCUUGGGCUGCCCCAGAGAGUUCCAUGCCUUCUCCUGGGCCAGGGGGUUAGGGAGGGACAGCAAGUAUGGACACCAUCCCACCUCAUCCCUGAAAUCCAAGAGGGAACCACUAAACCUACUCCCAGGGCUCUGACAAUCCCUCCCCUUGGCAGCAAGGCCCGCUUCCAUCUCAGCAGCACCACUGAAAUUCCAGAUUCCAGACUGCCAUCCAAGCCUAACAUGGGAUUCCCAAAAUAACACAGAAAGUGUUGUUGUGUGACUAUUCCAGGUGCAGGCUCUAAUCCCAACACUGCUGGAAUGCUUGGAACUGUGAACAGAUCCUGCUAUGGGGGUAACACCAAUAAAACAUAAUAAAACAUUGCUCCAAAGAGA